AUUCUGUUGGCAUGACGUUAAUUACCUGCACAUUAUUAAAUAGUGACCUUGACAUGGAAGACGUCGUUCGGAAUGACAGUAGUUUCUUGAGACAUAAAGUAAAAUUACUAGAAAUAAGCGAUAGUUAUGGAACAAAUCUGUGAGUCACUUUAUAAAUUAAGUGACAGACGUAUUCAACAGAUUUCAACACUUGAAGAACUGUGUAAAACAAAUGUUAUCCCUUCAAAAGUCAAAUGACUUCAGCGAAUUCGAGGUUCUUAGCAGUCGCCUGAAAGUGGAAAAUAAAAGGCACGGCUUAGAGGAUCUUUUAGUUUCCAAUCCUGCUGCUUUUUCAACGGCGAAAAUUCAGCAGAAGCUAUUCACGAAAAGUUCGGAAGAUGAUGAGGAGCCUGUUGCAGAUGAAAGCGAUGAACAUCCAUUGCCCAACGUAGUGGAAAAUGCAUUCUAUUUUGAAAAUGCAGGUAUAGGAAUCGGAUGCAGCGAGACUGUUGCACUGAACAUGGCAAUUAAAGCAUUGGUGAAUACACAAGCUGUUCAGAGUGCACGAUUUUGGGGGAAAAUUUUCGGUUUAAUACAGAAUUAUUACGUUGUCGAGGUGGAGUUUGCUGAAGGGGAAGACGUAGACGAAGAAGAGGAUGCACAUUCACUAAGCCAAGAGACAGCUGAAGUCUCUGAUGAGAAUGGGCCAGAAGGCAAAGAAGAGUUUCCAAAAUCUAAAUGGAAGCCGCCAAUUAAGAUCCCUCGAGAGGAGAAUCAUGUUGGAACUAAUAAGAAAGUUUAUUUUGUCUGUCACGAACCAGGUCUACGGUGGAUAAAACUACCACCAGUAACACCCGAACAGAUAGUAGCUGCUCGAGCUGUGCGGCGUCUAUUUACUGGCAUAUUGGAUGCCCCAGUAGCCUGUUAUCCACCUUUCCCUGGUACUGAAGCUAAUUAUCUGCGUGCUCAGAUAGCUAGGAUCAGUGCAUCUACACAAAUAUCUCCAGCAGGAUAUUACACUAUUGAAACGAACGAAGAAGAAGAGGAGCUUGAAAAUGAAGAAGAAGGUGGACGGCAAAACUAUAUUAAAAAUGAAGAAUAUGAACCAUUAAGUAUGAAUGUGUUGGCUGAUCCAAGUCUUGAACACUGGGUUCAUCACACAUCUUACAUUCUACCACAAGGAAGGGUUUACUGGUGGAACCCGAGGAAAGGUUUGGGGGAAGACUUUGAUGAGUUCAACGAUGAAGAGGAAGAAAACGAGGAGGAGGAUGGUAAUACAAAAAAUGCAGUGAAACCAGAACAUGGACCACCUAUACUUACACCAAUUUCAUCUGAUUUCCCUAUAUUUGGACAAAAGCCUUGGUCAAUCAAAUUAACUUCCAAUUUAUUACCUGAGUAUGCAUGUGUUGUUAUAUCAUCAAAUCUUUGGAUUGGAGCGCAUGCAGUUGCUUGGGGCAGACGUUUUGAAAACAUCUACAUUGGUUGGGGCGUGAAAUCAGUGAUUUCAGGUUUUCAACCUCAAUUACAACCAAUUGAAAUGAAUGAAUAUCAAGAAAUGCCUGAUUUAAAUGAAGCCACUGAUCCAACCCCAGCAGAAGAGAGCGCAUUAAGAACACUGCUCAAUCCACUUGAAGCCGAAGAUGAAACGAAAGAAGAACAAGAAGAAGAGGAGGACGAUUGAUGAAAUGUAUCACGAAAACACUAAGAAUAAUUCAGUUGAAUGGACAGGAACAUUAAUUUGUCAAAUUUUUUUUAUACUUCUAGUGAACAUUUUUAUUGUGCAUAUCAUUUUGGUUUGUUUUGUAGCAAAAUUCAUGAAUAUCGUAGGAAAUAUUUCAAUUUCGCACCGUUUGUAACACAGGAAAACAAAAAUGAGUAGAAAUUUUUGUACGAAUAUAUAUUAAAGGCUUCAGAUGUUGGAAUAAUGCUUACGAGAUAUCAUAAAGUAAACAUGUUCGAUGAGUUUGUAAAUAACAGAGUAUCAUAAGUGAAAAAUUGUUUUUUUCUGUCAAGACAUGCCACUAAUAAAAUCAAACUGAAUGAGUGAUAAUCCCACCAAUUUUUUCGAGACAUUAGCGGUAAACAUUGUUUCUACAAGAAACACAUCCUAAUGACUCUAAGACUGAUAACUCAAAAUAAUUACCGUGUAUGGUCCAUCCCACUUUGGAAGCAGUUUGCGUGCCCCUGGCGCGUACUCACCUCACACUAUCAAAUACUGCCUUCGCCCAACCUCUCAGCAGCGAUCCAAGUAAAAGUCUUUUCGCUGAUGGAUCAUCAACGCCAAUCAACUCCGCAACAGCCUCGAAAUCCUGCAACAAGAUCCAUAAGUCUCCUUCUUGAAAAACUGCAGGGCAUAGGCUUUUCAUUUGUCAGCAGGCAGUGACACCAAAUGUAACAGUAGAAGGCAAGACACGGAAGCAAACGUACACUUUUAAUUGACCAAACCACUAUUUAUAAAUCGAAUUUCUAAAUACAUAUUGUAUUCUGCUCCUAAUGUAGUACUGAACCGUGGGAAUAUAUGAGAAUAAUAUUCCGUUGGAACACAUUGUCUGUAUCACACCACCACAGUGUUAUCGUAACUAUCUGGUUAUUCUUGAUAACUUUCGGAAAUAAUCUGUGUUAAAUAAUUUACUAGACAGUGAUAAGAGGUUUUAAAAUCCCAUGCAAUACAAGAAAUCAGUAAAUUCUGAUGUAUAGAAUACAAGACAGAAGCACAUUAAAUCUCAGUAUUCUUUUAACAAUCGAAUUUAUAUUAAAAUGAUUACAGCAGAAAAAUAUUUAACCAUAGCAGAAACAAUCCUUCAACAGUCAAUAAUUCACUUGUUUGAUUUCAUAUUACAGAUGAUAUGCAUUCCAUUCAGAAGUUCUCCAUACGCAUAAAAUCAAUUUUUCAGAAAUGUCUUACACAGUUAUUGGAAAUUAUUCGUUAAACUGAAGAGAAACUAAGUCAAGAUAACAAUUUGAAUAUAUUAUUUCUCCGUAAUUCUAAUGUAAUUCACUAGCCAUGUUUGUGUACACAAAAUUGAUACUAAAAUAAACACGAAAACUGUUGAAUUAACAGAUCAUGCAUGAGAAAUUAAUCUUCUCGGAAAUCCUCCAGUUUUAAUUAUCAAACUACAUAAGAUAUGAAAAAGAUCACAAUGAAGAAGAAACACAAAAACCUGACAGACAUUGAAGGGAAGAAACGUAUAAAGGGCAAAAACUACAAAUUAAGGACUAAUCAUCAAUGAAGACGACGAGUACAAAUUUCAACAGGAAUAGAAUGAAGAAAAGUUGAAGUUGAUAAGAACACGGUGAAUGGGAAAAAUUGAGAAAAGGAUGGAAAAGUACAAAUAAAGAGAAAGGAAGAUGAAAGAGUGAACGAAAUUGGACAGACUAAUAGUGUACUUAUUGGUAUAAGCAGUCGUCUGGCAAUGUGAAUGGAUCGUAGAUUACAUUUCAGCCUGUCUUUAACUCUCCGUGUGCAGUUGCUUCUAACCAAUGAUUCUGUUACUUCAUCUACACACUGGCGUUAACUGUUUUACGUCAUCAUCGCGAAACUCGAAUGUAUUUCACUUCAGUUUUGAAAUUUGCAUUCUCAACAUCAUUCUGUGCUAUCAAUUAUCGUCUUCUCAAUUCUUACAGGGUUUAUUAUGUGUUGUAUAGUUUCUUUCACAGUUGAUGUUCUUUCUCCUAAAUAAAUGAAGGAAUUAGUCACUAGUUUGAUAGACUAAUGCAAUUUGUUUUGCUUCCUUUUUUUAGUGGUGUUACGC